AUGAAGCCUUGUUUAAAUCCAUGUUCCUGGACCUCUGCUUAUGUUCCAUAUUAUUUACAUACAAUAAAUAGAACAAAGUUGGAAAAUUAUUUUUUAAAAUUGCGGAAUUCUUCCCUCCGUGCCAAAUCAUCGGAUACAGGCAGUCGACGCUCUUCUACACCCAAUUCUUCUUCCAAAACGUCAACAAAUUCGAGAGAAUCAAGUAUUUGUUGUGUUAGAGCGCCAAGUAGGGAUAAAUCGUCUGACAAUAAUUCUGCGGUUGGAGGAGGUGGACGGUUAAAUAAUAAUGGAGGAGGAGAAAAUGAACAGGAUUAUAGUUUUGGCCCAACAACUCGACGUAAAUGGACAGAAUAUGUAAAUGAAAUGGAACAACAAAAGAGGCGUCAAAGUAGUUGUAGUAGCAGUAAUGGUGGGGGAGGUGAAAAAAAGGCUGCUGCUAAAGCUAUUUUAAAUAUAAAAAAUAAACAACAACAACAAUUAAAUAGUUUAUCCUCAUCUUCAUCAACAACCUCAAUUUCUAAUAAUAAUAUUCCAAAAAUGUUAAAAAUUGUUAAGAAUUUUUCAAAUGUCGGAGGGACUCAAAUGUCCGAAAACGACAACAAUAAUAAUUUGGGGGGAAUUCCAAAACUUAGAUUACAACAAACAACAACAAUUAAAAAAGAAGAAGAAGAAAACAUUGAAGGAAACAUUGAACAAAACAUUGAGGAACACGUCAAUAAAAACAUUGAACAAAACAUCAAUAAAAACAUUGAGGAAAACAUCAAUAAAAUAGAAACAACAACAACAACAAACAUGUUUGUUGAAGAAGAAAAAAUGGUUGUUGAGAAUGUUUGUGAUAAUACUUAUGUUGUGGAAGAAGAAACAACAAAAACAACAACAACGCCUAAAACAAUAAAUGUUGAAACAAUUUCAGAAGAAAAUAAAAACAUUGAAAAUAAAAAUGUUAAUGAACAACAACUUAUUAUUUCACCACGUUUUGAGCCAAUUUCUCCUGAUAAAAUAUCAACACCUACAAAUAAUAUUUCUAAUAUUUCAAUUAAACAAAAAACAACAGGAAAACGAAGUUAUGAACGUAAAGAAAGAAUAAAUUCAUUUGCUACAACAACAAAAGCAAGUAGAGGACGACCACGAAAAUCUGCUGAUUCAUCAAAUAUACAUCAUCAUAGCAGCCCUAAAGUUCCACGUUUUUCUGAAGAUGCACGUGAUGGAAUGGAAUUAAUGCAUCAAAUGACUUGUGCUAUUCAAAUGGGCAAACCAAUGGACGCUGCCUCUAUACUAGCCGAUUUGGCAAAUCAAAAGGCCAAUCGACAACUACACGAACACCAACAACAAACACAAAACAUUGACGAACAACAACAACAUAAUUCUUGUUUAAACAAAGAUACACCAAAAACAACAACAACUCACCAUUCAAAACAUUUAAAAACAUUUAAUAAUAAUAAUUGUUUGUUUCCGUUCCCCCAACUUGAUAAAACAUCAACAACAACAACAAAUAUUAAUGUUUGCAAAACAUCAAUAAAACAACAACAAAAACAUCAGAACAAUGAAAAUUCCAACAACAAUUGUUCUUCUAAAUAUCCUGAACUUAACAAUUUUUUGGACACCAUUAAAAACGCUUAUGAAAAUUUCUUUGACGAAUUUCAUUCAAAACAUUCAAACAAAAACAUUGUUGUAAAGGAAGAAGAUAAAGAACAUCAACUACAACAUCUUCCUGAACAACAACAACAAAAUGUUUCAACAAAUAAUUUUACAAAUUUUGAACAAUUUCGGUCAAUAUUAGACUCUACUCCUUUAAAAAAUUUAGAGUGUGAAGAAAUGGAGGAAGAUGAAGAAGAAAGUGGAAGAAGAAGAGUUUCCAGUAUGGGGGAAGAAAAUUUGACAUUUUACUCUGCGGAGAGUCGUAAGCGCUUUUUAAGUACUAGUGGAACAAGUGAAACAAACAACAAUGUUUUUUUUAAUAAUAAAACACCUGUCAGAACAACAACAACGACAAUGUUGCAAAAGAAAAUAAAUAAUUUACAACAAACACCUAAAACAACAACAACAACAACAAACUUUAGUUUUAAUAAACUACAAACAGAAAAACAUUGUUCACAACAACAAAAACAAUCACGUUUGUUGGAAUUGCAAAAGCGUGUUGUGGAUAGGCGCAAAUGGUUAUUAAAUGCUUGGUCAGAAUUUCAAAGAGAAAUGCAAUUAUUUAAUACAGACAUGGAUUGUCUAAUUAAUGAAUGUUCACAACAACAACAAAAACAAGAAGAGGAAGAUUCAAACACUCAACAACAACAACAACAACAACAAAAUCAGAAUUUCCAAUUACAACAACAACUCGCUCUUCAAUUAAUUACCCAACAACAAACACAACAUAAAUUAAUUGAAGCAGCCCAAGCCCAAUUAGCUAUUCAAGUACAACAAGCACAACAAGCAAAUGCUGUCGCGGUUGUUGCUAGUGCUUUAAAUAAUAAUUCGAGUCCAACAAAUAAUAAUAAUAUUGGUAUUGGGCAGCAACAACAGCAAACAUCGGCGACGUCUUCAAAUGCUGUUAAUCAAGUAUCAACAGUCACUAACCAACUAGAUUUAUUAAUUAAUGAGAUGCGUGAACGUUAUUCUCAACAAUUAACAGCACAACAUUUAUUAAGCCAAAUAACCCAAUUUGGUUUAUUAAAUACUAUAGCUCCACAAGAAAUUGCUGCAUUACAGUCGAUUGCCUCUGGGGCAGCUUUAAAUAAUGUUGUUCAUCAAUUAAGUCCUAUAGCUGCGGCUGCUGUUGUUUUACAGCAACAACAACAACAAAUGAGUCCUGUGUUAUCUUCCUCAAUUCCUCAAUGCCCUCCAUCAUCAUCAUUAAUUAAUCAACAACAGCAACAACAAACAACCUCUAGCCCUUUAAAUUGUUUAAUUCCACAAAAUGUAACAGCCCCUUUUGUUCAAAAUUUUUUGGCAACUUUGGACAAUUUGGCAACAACAGAAAAUAAUAAUAUUAAUAAUAUACCUUCAUCCUCUUCUAUAGUAAUUAAUGGGGAUUGUAGUGGUAGUAUUGGUGGUGGAGGAGGUCUUGGUGGGGGAGGAUUAAAUUUAAGUGCUUCUCUUUCAAAUAUUUCUGGUGGUGAUAAUAAUUCGGCUAAUAAUUCUAGCAAUAUUUCUUUAAAUUCCUCAUUAAAUACUUCAACAAAUUCUCAACGACAACAAAGACAUUCAAUAGGAAAUUCUGCAUCAUUACAACAAAUUAGCCAAAAUUUUGUUUGCCAAUCACAACAAAAUAAAAAAUCAGCUAUAACAACAGUACAACAACAUAUAUCUAGAGAAUCUACUGUUGCUGAGGUUGUUGCUGAAGUCGCAGCAUUACCAUCAACAAGUCCAAGAAAACCAUUUAAACCUAGACCUACAAGAAAUUUAAAUAAUAAUGGAAAUAAUAGUGGUGGUGGAGGUGGAGGAAAUUUAAAUAAAAGAAGUAAUUCACAUUCAAAUAAACAUUUACAACAACAACAAGUUGAAGAUCCUAAAAAACAAGAAGAAAUUGAAAGACAAAUUCAGGAUAUAGUUGCAAAAGCAUUAGAAGUUGACUCUGCUGCAAAAUUAGCAGAAAAGGAUAGAAAAGCGCGUGUUGGGGAGAAAAGAAAUAGUACAAAAGAAUCACAGCAACAACAGAAAAGUUUGUACUCUAUUCCAACAACAUCAACAACUUCUAUACUUGAUAAUGUUGGAAAGUUUGCUUCUCUUUCAUCAACAAAUUCAAGACAACAACAACAAAACAUUGAUUUCCAAGUGAAAACUGAUAAUGUAAUUAUGCAAAAUUUCCUCUCUGCUGCUGUUGCUGCCUCACAACAACAACAACAAACAAUUGGUAUUAAUUCAAAUAACAAUACGAACAAUAAUCCACCAGAUACUCCAACAAAUUUUGAUGGAAGGAAAUCAACACCUUUAAAUGAACAUCAUUUUCGUACUUUAGGGACAACAUCAUUGUUAACAACAAAACUUGAAAAUGUUGUUAGUCCAACUUUACAACAACAGCAACAACAACAUUUAAAUUUUAAUUUUACGCCUUCUUCUGUUUCUUUAGCUAUACAGCAACAAGGUAUUCCAACAUCUAUGUCUGUUGCAAACAAUGUUUUUGUUGAUGUUUCUUCUUCGUCUUCUGCUUCUUUUGUAAACAGUAGCAAUGUUUCCAACAAUGUUUCUACGAACAUGUUUGGAGAAAAUAUCGAUAAAAACAAACAAAACAAUCAAAACAACAACAAUGUUUCUACAAACAUUUCGACAAACAUUUCAACAAACAUGCCCACAAACAUUUAUGGGGGCAACAACAACAACAAAAACAUCAAUAAAAACAUUGUUGUUAAUAAAAACAUUUCCAACUUUUUUUCUUCUGAUGUUUUGAACAACAACAACAACAAUUCUUCUUUUUCAUCAAAACAUCAACAAAAACAACAACAAACAUCAACAACAACAUUAUCAACAUCUCCCCCAUUUAUUUCUUUAAAUUUGCCUCCAAACACUUGUUGUAAUCCUCCACCAACAAAUGUUGUUGUAAAAGUUGAGAGUAAACAACCUUUAAUACAACAAAAACAACAACAAACACAACAACAACAACGUCAAUAGAGAAAUCCCAGUUUAUUUAAAAUAUAUAUUUUAUUUUUAAAUUUAAAAUACUUAUAUAUUUUUAUAUCCCUCGUUUCUUUCAAUUUUUAUUUCUGGUUUUUUUUUUAAAGUUUUGGUAUUAUUUUCUGGUGUUUUUAACUCCUCUCCACAACGAUCAUUUUUAAUUUUAUUUUUUCUAAUUUUAUUUUUAAGAGAUUCUUU